AUGGGAAUCCGCUCAACUGCGACUGCCAGAUGCGAUGGCUCAUUGCGACAGUACAGGACAAACAGUCCAAGCUCAAAGUAUCCGAGGCCGCCUGAACAGCUGGGCUAUUGGGACAAUGACGGAUGUAAAGUUCAAACUUCAAAUGACACGAUUACUGUGUGUGAAUGUUACCACCUCACAAACUUCGCUGUCCUGAUGAGUCCUUUUGUUGAGGCAGAUGCAAAUACCAGAGGCAUACGCAUUGUUUCGAUUGUUGGCAUAUCAGUAUCUUCAUUGUGCCUAAUUCUGACGAUUAUUGUUUUUGCAAGGCUUUGGAGAUACGUUCGAAGUGACAGAUCCAUUUUGUUGCUGAAUCUGAUCACUGCGCUUAUAAUCUCGUACGGGAUCUUCAUUGGAGGAAUCGACCGUACGGAAAAUAAGAUUGUGUGUACGGUAGUCGCGGCUGCGUUGCACUACAUCUAUAGCGCCGUCUUUUGCCUCAUGCUUGCAGAAAGCAUUGUUAUUCUAAGUGACGUUAUUCUAGUUUUUGCACAAACAUCACAACUCCGCUAGCUGUUAGUGUUUGCAU